GCCCCGCGGGUCGCCGGCAGCCAGCAGACUGCCGCGCUGCGAGCAACAGGAGCCUGCGAGCGGCCCACUCCUCCCACCUCCUCCGCCUGCCUCCUCCUCCUCCCCUUCGCUCCUCCCGCCCCCACCUCUGCGUGUGCGGCGGAGUCGCCCUCUCCCUGCCUCUUUCUCCCGCUCCCGCUAGCUCGUCUCUUUCGCUAAUACUUCCCCCUGCUGUGCUCCGGGGAAUCCAAGCAUUCUCCGCGCUAACCUUAGGGACCAAUGGUGCUCGAAAAGCCUCGGAAAAGCUGCUUUGGGCAGUGAUAGUUGGAAAGCCCCUCGUCCCUUCCCCCUCUCCCGGGCGCAGCCCGUGCCCGCCUGCAGCACCUUCUCGCUCCUGCACGCUCUGUUUGGGGUGAGAAGGUGAAGUGGAAAGAACUGCAGAGCAGAGGGGGCCAGUCUCAGAGCUCAAAUUUCAUUUUCAUUGAAGCAAAGCACAGAAGAUCAUUUUUUUCUAUUUUGCAUUUUUUCCUUUCCUUUUUUUUUUUUUUUUUUUUUCUUAAAGAAACUUAUUUUGGGGGGGGUUUGCUCUGGGCAUUUGCUUUGCCCAGUAGUUGGAAAGUGAACUCGACUCGUGAUGGUUCUCCUGUCACUUUGGUUGAUAGCAGCCGCUCUGGUAGUGGUUAGGACUUCAGCUGAUGGACAAGCUGGUAACGAAGAAAUGGUGCAAAUAGGGUUCAACAAUUCUGUUUUUCACCCCACAGAUUUACCAGUAAAGAGAUACAGAGAGUAUGAGUUGGUGACUCCAGUGAGCACAAAUCUAGAAGGACACUAUCUCUCCCAUACUCUUUCUGCGAAUCACAAAAAGAGAUCAGCGAGGGACGUGUCUUCCAACCCUGAGCAGUUGUUCUUUAACAUCACAGCAUUUGGAAAAGAUUUUCAUCUGCGACUAAAGCCCAACACUCAACUAGUAGCUCCUGGGGCUGUUGUGGAGUGGCAUGAGACAUCUCUGGUGCCUGGGAAUAUAACCGAUCCCAUUAACAACCAUCAACCAGGAAGUGCUACAGAUAGAAUCCGGAAAACUGAGCCUUUGCAGACUAACUGUGCUUAUGUUGGUGACAUCGUGAACAUUCCAGGAACUUCUGUUGCCAUCAGCAACUGUGAUGGUCUGGCUGGAAUGAUAAAAAGUGAUAAUGAAGAGUAUUUCAUUGAACCCUUGGAAAGAGGUAAACAGAUGGAGGAAGAAAAAGGAAGAAUUCAUGUUGUCUACAAGAGAUCAGCAGUAGAACAGGCUCCCAUAGGCAUGUCCAAAGACUUCCACUACAGAGACCGCAUACCUCUCUGCCUUUCGUUCAGUCUAGAAUCGGACCUGGAAGGCCUUGAUGAUCUAGGUACUGUUUAUGGCAACAUCCACCAGCAGCUGAAUGAAACAAUGAGACGCCGCAGACACGCGGGAGAAAACGAUUACAACAUCGAGGUACUGCUGGGAGUGGAUGACUCUGUGGUCCGUUUCCAUGGCAAAGAGCACGUCCAAAACUACCUCCUGACCCUGAUGAACAUCGUGAAUGAAAUUUACCAUGAUGAGUCCCUCGGAGUGCAUAUAAAUGUGGUCCUGGUGCGCAUGAUAAUGCUGGGUUACGCAAAGUCCAUCAGCCUCAUAGAACGCGGAAACCCAUCCAGAAGCUUGGAGAAUGUGUGUCGCUGGGCUUCCCAACAACAAAGAUCUGAUCUCAACCACUCUGAACACCAUGACCAUGCAAUUUUUUUAACCAGGCAAGACUUUGGACCUGCUGGAAUGCAAGGAUAUGCUCCAGUCACCGGCAUGUGCCAUCCAGUGAGAAGCUGCACCCUGAAUCAUGAGGAUGGCUUUUCAUCGGCUUUUGUAGUAGCCCAUGAAACAGGCCAUGUGUUGGGAAUGGAGCAUGAUGGACAAGGCAACAGGUGUGGUGAUGAGACUGCUAUGGGAAGUGUCAUGGCUCCCUUGGUACAAGCAGCGUUCCAUCGUUACCACUGGUCCCGAUGCAGUGGUCAAGAAUUGAAAAGAUAUAUCCAUUCCUAUGACUGUCUCCUUGAUGACCCUUUUGAACAUGAUUGGCCUAAACUCCCAGAACUUCCUGGAAUUAAUUAUUCUAUGGAUGAGCAAUGUCGUUUUGAUUUUGGUGUUGGCUAUAAAAUGUGCACUGCGUUCCGAACCUUUGACCCAUGUAAACAGCUGUGGUGUAGCCAUCCUGAUAAUCCCUACUUUUGUAAGACUAAAAAGGGACCUCCACUUGAUGGGACUGAAUGUGCUGCUGGAAAAUGGUGCUAUAAGGGACACUGCAUGUGGAAGAAUGCUAAUCAGCAAAAACAAGAUGGCAACUGGGGGUCAUGGACUAAAUUCGGCUCCUGUUCUCGGACAUGUGGAACUGGUGUUCGUUUCAGGACACGCCAGUGCAAUAAUCCCAUGCCCAUCAAUGGUGGUCAGGAUUGUCCUGGUGUUAAUUUUGAGUACCAGCUUUGUAAUACAGAAGAAUGCCAAAAACACUUUGAGGACUUCAGAGCACAGCAGUGUCAGCAGCGAAACUCCCACUUUGAAUACCAGAAUGCCAAACAUCACUGGUUGCCAUAUGAACAUCCUGAGCCCAAGAAAAGAUGCCACCUUUACUGUGAGUCCAAGGAGACUGGAGAUAUUGCUUACAUGAAACAACUGGUGCAUGAUGGAACGCACUGUUCUUACAAGGAUCCAUAUAGCAUAUGUGUGCGAGGAGAGUGUGUGAAAGUGGGAUGUGAUAAAGAAAUUGGUUCUAAUAAGGUUGAGGAUAAGUGUGGUGUCUGUGGAGGAGAUAAUUCCCACUGCCGAACCGUGAAGGGGACAUUUACCAGAACUCCCAGAAAGCUUGGAAAACAUUUAAGCAAGAGGUGCCAUAAAGAAUUGAAGUUGCUGGAAAAUGAAAUCUGGAAGACAAGAGGCGCUUUCACUUUACCUAAAGGAGCUCGUAAUAUUUCUCUAGCUGAAACAAGAGAAGCUAAAAAUGUCCUGGGGUACCUUAAGAUGUUUGCUAUACCCCCUGGGGCUAGACAUGUGUUAAUCCAAGAAGACGAGGCUUCUCCUCACAUUCUUGCUAUUAAGAACCAGGCUACAGGCCAUUAUAUUUUAAAUGGCAAAGGGGAGGAAGCCAAGUCGCGGACCUUCAUAGACCUUGGUGUGGAGUGGGAUUAUAACAUUGAAGAUGACAUUGAAAGUCUUCACACGGACGGACCUUUACAUGAUCCUGUUAUUGUUUUGAUUAUACCUCAAGAGAACGAUACCCGCUCUAGCCUGACAUACAAGUACAUCAUCCAUGAAGACUCUGUACCUACAAUCAACAGCAACAAUGUCAUCCAGGAAGAAUUAGAUACUUUUGAGUGGGCUUUGAAGAGCUGGUCUCAGUGUUCCAAACCCUGUGGUGGAGGUUUCCAGUACACUAAAUAUGGAUGCCGUAGGAAAAGUGAUAAUAAAAUGGUCCAUCGCAGCUUCUGUGAGGCCAACAAAAAGCCGAAACCUAUUAGACGAAUGUGCAAUAUUCAGGAAUGUACACAUCCACUCUGGGUAGCAGAAGAGUGGGAACACUGCACCAAAACCUGUGGAAGUUCUGGCUAUCAGCUUCGCACCGUGCGCUGCCUUCAGCCACUCCACGAUGGCACCAACCGCUCUGUGCACAGCAAGUACUGCGUGGGUGACCGCCCUGAGAGCCGCCGGCCCUGUAACAGAGUGCCCUGCCCGGCCCAGUGGAAAACAGGACCCUGGAGUGAGUGUUCAGUGACCUGCGGUGAAGGAACAGAGGUGAGGCAGGUCCUCUGCAGGGCUGGGGACCAUUGUGAUGGUGAAAAGCCGGAGUCAGUCAGAGCCUGUCAGCUGCCUCCUUGUAACGAUGAGCCAUGUUUGGGAGACAAGUCCAUAUUCUGUCAGAUGGAGGUGUUGGCACGAUACUGCUCCAUACCAGGUUAUAACAAGUUAUGUUGUGAGUCCUGUAGCAAGCGCAGUAGCACCCUGCCACCACCAUACCUCCUAGAAGCUGCUGAAACUCAUGAUGCCAUCUCCAACCCUAGUGACCUCCCUCGAUCUCUAGUGAUGCCUACAUCUUUGGUUCCUUAUCAUUCAGAGACUCCUGCAGAGAAGAAAUCUUUGAGUAGCAUUUCUUCAGUGGGAGCUCCAAAUGCAUAUGCUGCUUUCAGGCCAAACAGUAAACCUGAUGGUGCUAAUUUACCCCAGAGGAGUGCUCAGCAAGCAGGAAGUAAGACUGUGAGACUGGUCUCCAUAUUAUCCUCCCCACAAACCAAGAGGGGCCACCUCAAUUCAUCAUCACAAAUGGCUGCUGCUUCCUACCUUGCAGCCAAUGGUUCAAUAGGUGCUUCUUCUCAGGCAAGAACCUCAAAGAAAGAUGGAAAGAUUAUUGACAGUGGACGUCCGACAAGAUCAUCCAACUUAGGAAGAUGAGAAAGUGAACCAAAAAGGUUAGAAACCAGAGGAAAACCUGGACAACCUCCCUCUCCCCAUGGUGCAUAUGCUUGUUUAAAGUGGAAAUCUCUAUAGAUCGUCAGCCCAUUUUAUCUGUAAAUGGAAGAACAGAAAGUGCUGGCUCACUUUCUAGUUGCUUUCAUCCUCUUUGUUCUGCAUUGACUCAUUUACCAGAAUUCAUUGGAAGAAAGCACCAAAGAUUAUUACAGAAGAAAAAUAUGUUGCUAAGUUUGUGUUGGUCACUCUCUGAAGCAGAAAAGGGACUGGAACCAAUUGUGCAUAUCAGCUGACUUUAAAGUUUUAGAAAAAUUACAGCAAAAAUAAAAGAGAUCCAAUGGUUUACACUUUAACAAGAAAUUUUGGAUAUGAAGCAAAGAAUUCUUAGACUUGUAUUCCUAUUUAUCUAUAUUAGAAAUAUUGUAUGAGCAAAUAUGAAGCUGUUGUGUAAAUACUGUAUAUUGCAGAAAUCAGUAUUAUUUUAAGAGAGGUGUUCUCAAACGAUUGUUUACUAUAUUACAUUUCUGGAUGUUCUAGGUGCCUGUCAUUGAGUAUUGCCUUGUUUGACAUUCCAUAGGUUGAUUUUCAAAACGGAAUUAUUACAAAAGAUAAAAGUUAGAAUUACUUACAGCUACUGACAAUAUAAAGGGUUUUGAUCAAUCAACAACGUGAUAUGUAAAUUAUAGAAAAAGAAAAAAAAACCAAAAGCUAUAGAUAUACAGAUCUCAGCUUAUCUAUUGCCUUCUAUACUUAUAAUUUAAAGGAGUGGUGUUUUAAGACACUUGUGGUCACAGGGAUCAAAGAAUAGUAAAUGAACCUAUGUGAGAUAAAACUGAAAUCUUCUUACCAAGACCUCAGUAGGCACCAUUGAGGUGUCCUUUGUUUUUGUGUGUGCGUGUUUUUUUUUUUUUUAAUUUUCCCAUUGUUGACAGAUACAAACAGUUAUACUCAAUGUACUGUAAUAAUCACAAAGAAACAAGUUUUGGGAUAACUUAUUUGUAUGAUGGUAGCUGAGAAAAGUAUCAUCAGUCUAGAAUUGCCAUUUGAGUAUAGUAGAGGUGUGGGGCUUUGAAGACACAUUCAAGAAUGCAUUUGUUGAUGGUUAAGAUAUUUAUUUUCCAGUGGUUCAUGUUCAAAUGUUCACAACCACAAUGCAUCUGACUGCAAUAUUGUGCUAAUAAUUUAUGUCAAUGGUCACCUUACUCACAGCAAAGCCAGAAAUGCUCUCUCCAGGGCAUAGAUGUAAAGUACUUGUAUAUAGAAUUCAGAACCGAAGAUAUUUAUUAAAAGUUGAUUUUUUUCUUGAUAGUAUUUUUAUGUACUAAAUAUUUACACUAAUAACAAUUACAUAUUUUGGUAAACUAGAGAGACAUAAUUAGAGAUGCAUGCUUUGUUCUGUGCAUAGAGAAGACCAUUAAGCAAACUACUGCAGCCAACUCAAAAGCUAAAACUGAACAAAUUUGAUGUUAGGCAAACAUCUUGUAUUUUUAGUAGUUGAUAUUAUGUUGAUGACUUGUUCCCCUUCAAGGAAACAUUAAAUUGUAUGGACUCAGCUAGCUGUUCAAUGAAAUUGUGAAUUAGAAACAUUUAUAAACAUUUUUGAAAGAGAUAAAUGCUUUAUGAACUACACAUAAAUGAGAGGAGAUAGAUAAGUGUUAUCAGCAUAACGAUUUUGAGGUCAGUACCUGAGCUGUCUAAAGAUAUUAUGCAAACUAAAAUGUAGAUAUAUUAACCUCUCAAAGGAUAGAAUGUGCAAGAACUUUUGCAUUUUAAUCAUUGUAAACUAACAGCUUAACAUGUUGACUCUAUACCUCUAAAGAAUUGCUGCUACUUGGUGCAAGAAUUUUGAAAGUCAAAUUAGUCGAAUUCCAGAUAGUAAAACAAUCCCUGAGCCUUAAGUCUCUUUUAUUUAAUUCCCAUAGAAUAAAAUCUCUCCAGUUUACUUGUGUGUGCAUACAUCUCAUCCACAGGGGAAGAUACAGAUGGUGACACAGUUUCCAAAAAGAUGUACAUAUUCAUUAUACUUCUGACCUUUGAGCUUUCUUUUCUACUAAGCUAAAAAUUCUUUUUAUCAAAGUGUACACUACUGAUGCUGUUCGUUGUAUUGGGAGCACGUAGCAAUAAAAAUAUUAAUAAAAUAUAGAUCUGGCUCUAUCUAGAUUUUAUCAUUAGAUUCAUCAUGGGGUAACGGAAAUGUGUUAUUUCCUACUACACAGUGAAAUAGCAUCAAAUGUAUUUUCUACUUGUACUUGCUUGAAAGACUCUAGUGACUGUCUCCUUUUUUCAUAUCAGGGUAUAUUACAAUAUUUUUAAAAGAAUAAAACAUUAUUAAAAAGUAAAAAAAUAAAAA